AUGAAGCCACAAGCAUCACGAAAUGAAUUAGAGUCUGCUAGGGAGAUUGAAGACUGCGAAAAGUACAUCAAAGAGAAUUUGGACAAAAAGCACUCCAAUCAACUGAAUGACGACAAAGACAUUCAAAGUUUGAUGCAAGCGAUUUUAUUUGGGUUAAAGGGGGUCUGUACGUAUAUCUCACACGCCUAUUUAUUAGGCGAGAAGAACACUGAAAUCAACACUUUCAUACACCAAGCCUUGGCUGCUGGCUUUGAUAACAAAGAACGUGACUUAAAAGCUUGGAUUGACUUAGUGAAAGAGACUGGAAAAUGGAAUUUCGAGACUUUGAAACUGUUAGAUAAAGCCAAUUGCACUUUAGGCAAUCCAACACCAAACUUAGUUAAAGCUAAAUCAAAAGAGUUAUAA